UAUAAGUAUACCCCUCCAGUUAAUCCGAUUCUCCAAUUACUCAAAACAAUCAUCUCACUAGUUCAAACCAACAGAAAGUAGCUAUGGCUGACACUCAAUCUACUGAUACCCAAGCAGUUUUUCACGAUGUUCAUGCCAUCCUCUCAUCUUCUGAGAGAGACUUUCUUGUUCGCAACGACGGUAACCAGGUUAAAAUUGAGAGCUUGAAGGGAAAGAAGGUUGGGUUGUAUUUCUCAGCAUCAUGGUGUGGUCCGUGUAGGCAAUUCACGCCGGCUUUAGUGGAGGUUUACGAUGAACUCUCUUCAAAGGGUGAUUUUGAGGUUGUUUUUGUUUCGCGUGAUAAGGAUGAAGAGGCAUUCAAGGGCUACUUCUCAAAGAUGCCUUGGCUCGCGAUCCCAUUCUCUGAUUCAGAGGCGCGUGAUAGCUUGAAGGAGUUGUUCAAGUUGAGGGUGAUCCCUUACCUGGUGAUUCUUGAUGAAAAUGGGAAAGUUUUGACUAAUAGUGGAGUGGGGAUCAUUCGAGAGCAUGGAGUGGAAGGGUACCCAUUCACCCCUGAAAAGAUUGCACAACUUGCUGAAAUAGGGAAAGCGAAAGAGGCAACUUAAACCCUGGAAUCAAUUCUGGUUUCUGGGGAUCUGGAUUUUGUCGUUGGGAAAGGUGUAAGCAAGGUAUGAUACUUUUGACAUAUUUAAUGCUGCUACUACUAAUAUUGAAGCAAAAAUUGAGGAAAUGGCAAUGUAAGAUAGUGUUAUGGGGUCUCUUCAAGGAUGUCGACUACGAUAGGAAGGUAUAACUAGCUGACUAGACGCGAUUCUACGAAUUUUGCCCAAGAUUUAUUUGUGGGACUCAAGAAAAUUGGGCAUCUACGCUAUGGAUGUUGAAUUAUGUACUAUGUGUAUCAAAACUCUUAUUUUAUGUGAUGUGUAUUAUAUCAUAUUAUAUGAUGUAAUAUUUAAAGAAUAAAUUAAUAAAAAUAUAAUUAAUACGUCA